CAGUAAUGCCUACCCCUUGUGUCGAGGAGAACUGAGUAUUCCCGGAUCAAUACUUUCGGCAUUUUCCAGCCUCGUUUUAUUCAAGGCGCGAGGAUUCCAGCAGCAUUGUAGAUACUCUGUCAGAAAACCCGGUGUUUUAUUCGUUACAGAUCGUAUCGCGUAUCAGAGAAAACGUACGUCGUGCCAAAAAGUAAAAAAUCUAAAUAACAAAUCAAGAAAAACUAGCAGUGCAACAGACUAUUUUUCAGUAUAUAAGCUAGGUCGACAAUAAUAAAGACUUUCUCAACGCGUGAAUGCAGCAACGAUACCAUACAAAUCAAUCGAGGCUUUGUUAGAUUCAAAUCCAUAUACUUCUCGACAUGAUUUUGUUAGAUUCAAAAUUGGAUGUGGUCCCGCUGCAGAUCUAAAAAGUUUGUUAAGCUUUUGAUACCUUCAUUUAAAAGAAAGCAAUAAUCAUAGCGAUGACGUCUAAGGUUCUCGUUAAACUGCCGACGGUACCGUUCACACAAACAAAGAAGCCUCAUGCCGAACUCGUUGCAGUGGCCAAUAGAAAUGAGUUGGCUGUAUAUCAUAAGCAAACAAAUGGGGGCGGAGGAGAUAGAGCAGCACAACUUGAGCAGAACAUGAAAUUUCUGCAGGAGCAACAUCAAGCAAUACUAGUUGCCUUGCAAAAAGAGGUAGAAACACUGCGACAAAGAAACAGAGAUUUGCAGUUUCAACUUGUAUUUUCAAAUGGUCCGGUGAACACUGUCAGCAAUCCUUCAUCUCCGGAAGAUACUGUGGCGGGAUUUGCAAAGUCCAAGGGCAGCCCAGGUUCCGUAAAUGUUUCCUCUCUUCAAGUUGAACUUUUGGAACGUGAUCUUCAAGACCUGAAAGUCUCACUUCACGAAGCAAAGUCGCAAAAUCAAUACUUGAUUGGAAUUGUUGACCAGGAGAAAAAAAAAUUAGAUUCGCUACAGCGUUUGGCAGAGAAGCCAGCUGCUACCGAAGUUGGUGUUCAAGUUGAGAGUGGCGUGCAAGUUUUUCAAGCGGACCUUUCCGCACGCCUAGAAGAUGCAGAGGCAAUGGUGCUUUGCCUACGUCGAGAAAACGAAGACCAGCGAAGAGAAUUAGCUGCCAUAAAGGCAACAGCGAACAAAAGUAAUGGCAAUACAAGUGGACGUAAUCAUGGGAGUAACGGACAUCGAAGUCGAGGACAAGGCGGGGGUGGCAAUGGAGGGGGAGGAGGACAGGACCAAAAUUCUCACAGAUUUCCACCAUUGCACAAUCAAAGUUACUGGUAUCACAGCUCUAGAGGAAACAACAGCUUUGACUGCAAUUCUGAGUACAGAGGUCGCGGUCGCCAAGACAAACAAGGACAUGAUUCUGCAAAUGGAGGAGGUACAGUCUUACCGCAACUUCGCAGCAGCAUGAACAAGGCUGAAAGCUUCAGCUAUCCGUCGUUUCAGCAUAGACCAAGAGGCUACCAUAAUGGUGGCAGCUAUUACUGUGAGGGAAAUCGCAAGUAUCGAGGCCAACGUUCGCAGAGAGAUUUUAAGGACAGGGAUUCCAGAGAGCCCAGGGAUUCCAGAGAACCUAGGGAACAGCAAAAAGAUUAUAAGGAUACUUCUCGAGGGUCGAAAGAUGCUAAGACCUCAAAAGAAUCGUAAAAAGAAUUGUAUCACCUUGACAUCAAAUUGAUAAAAGCCUUUUGGAUAUUUAUACACUUUGAUCUAUCCAACUGAAUGAAGUAAAUGCGCCUGGAAUUCACUUACAGUCUUUAUAGCCGGUAUUGAGCCAUCAAAUUUUUCACUUAAUUAGUGAAUUAGCCACCUGCUGGUGUUGUCUGAGCUUAGUACUGUGUGGCACGUGUAUUGCAAAGUUGUUGUCUUAGCUGUGCCAUUACGAUUAUUAUUAUUUAUUAUUAUUUAACAUUAUACAGUCAGUGGUAUACCGCAACUAUAAGAUGUUGUAUUCUUAUUAGUGAUGUUCUAUACCCAGCUUUUUGUGCUUAGGGAAUCAAUCGAAUCAUCUAGUAAGAUACACCUAUUGCUACUGCAACUCGGCUGGUUGUCGACCAACGUAGUUUAUUAUCGAUAAUAAUACGUCUAUUAUAAUGAUAAAUGUAAUAGUUACCUAAUCGUUACGAUACGUGACUGAAAAAUUCGUUGGUUCAUUUAUUACAAAAUUUACUUUAAUUUCAUUUUACACGGAGAAGAAAAACAAAACUUUAGAAAAUGAUACAAAAGUUUACAGUGAUCUACAAUACAAACUUAUAUGAUCAAAAGUAAUUCGUCUCAUUCAUUCGCUUUUUAAUAUUUGGUAACAUAAGAUAAUUGAGAAUACGUUUGAAAUUAUUACAGCCCUGUGUUGAAAUGAUAUCAUAAAUUGUUAGAGGCAAUAUAAGUAAUCUUACUUUCAACAUUACAUACAUGAAUCUGAAUGUAAAGCUUGUGUAUCGAUACUAGUACGUGUUUAUCAAAUUUGCGCUAAACUAUCUGUGAAAACCACGAACUGUGGGUAAAGCUAGGAAUGGUAAUGGUAAUAUGUCAGGACAUUAAUUAGAGAGCCGAAAUAGGUGCCAAAAAAUUCAUAAUUGCAUCGAAUAUUCAAUUUUGUUUAACAUCGCUGACAUAACAUCACGCAAAUUUCAUAUAAUAAUUUUUCUAGAUCAGAAACAUUUCUACUAUUACUUUUCCAGCGAUUUGUUUGUCACAUGUACGAUUAGCAAUUUUUUUCUGACCCUGAACUAAAUUCGGUUGGGCACCAAAUGUUCGACAACUUGCCUUCAGUUUAAAAAUAAACAAACUUUUACUCAGUACGGUAAUUUCAAAUACGAAAGUUAUGCAUUGUAAUUUAAGAUUGUUAUCGAUAUAUUGUCUAAUUAUAUCGAUGCUCAUCACUAAUCGUAGAGGUAAAACUCAAAUUAUUAAUAUUGCUAUUCGUAAAUAUAUAAAUAUUAUUUUUCAAUACUAGUUUCAAUUUAAAACAUAUAAUACAUGUAACGUUUGAAAAUUUAAUAUUUUAUAUCAUCUAUCUGUGUAUCGCACAGGUUCUAAGUACGUUAUAACUAAAUAAAUAAUCAUUAUAUUAUUCAGGAUUUUUAGUUACGUGAAUGUUGGAAGUAUCUUUGGCUGAAUGAUUGAGUCUCAAUCAUUACUGCAUUAUGAAUAUUCCAAAAGAACUCGUUGUAUAGGGCAUAGAACAUGUUAUUGAGAUGUAAGAUUAAAUACAUAGGUCGUUUUUGAAAGAGUGUAAAAUGCACAGUUCUAUCAUAAGCUGGAAACAGUAUCGCCAAUUAGCAACUAUAUAAAUUAUUUGUGCACAAGUUUUGGGUAAUAGCAACUGCAAAAAAUGAGAAGACUUUGUUUGCCAUACGAUUUUAGCUGGAACGUUACGUUACCGACAAGUAUAAUUUUCACACUCAGUUUUUACAAAUUAUUUUAUAUUUUACUGUUAAUUUCUCCUACACAAGGCUGCCAAUGAGCGUUGAUAGAAGCCAAGUUACAGCUAAUAUAAUCAAAAGCAAGAGAGUGUAAUAUAAGUGCAUAUACAAAAUCAGGAAGAUGUUUGUUACA